AUGCCGAGUCCGCGGGCCCCACCGUCCCGGCAGCAACGCCCGCAGCCUCCACACCCGGCCGGCGCCCAGUCCGGGGAUGCCUGGCCCGCAGCUGACCGCUUUCCCCCGCCCGGAGCGCGCCCAGGCCGCCUGCGCGCCCUCCCGGACCGGCCCCCGGGCCCGCCGCCACCGCGAGACACGGGGCGCGGCCGACCCUCUCCACCGCUGCCGCGGCCGGGCGCUCACCUCCUGGGGUCCGGCUUCCGUCGCUCCUCCAGUUUGGCGGCUGAGUGUGGGGCCGCAGUGGCCGCUGCCACCGCCGCCGCAGCCGCCGAAGCCCUGCCCGGCGCGCCGCCGGGGCUGGAGGCUGGGCCCCCGCGGGAUCCCCGCAGGCGCGGGCCCGGGACGCGGCGGGGCCGAGCGGCGGGAAGUUGUCGGCGCGAGGCGCGGAUCGAGCGGGCUGCGGGCCACCGGCUCCCAAGUAGUCACAACUUUGCCGCCCGGGGUUCACACAGAUUGUUGACAAGAAUAAUGAACAGAAAAAUUAAUGGAAUUAGAAAAACAGUGUCGGAACAGACAUCUAAAGAAAACAGCAAGAUGGAAGAAUUUUGUUUCAAUGACAAGCACCAUCUAGUGGCAGCAGGUGGUUAAACCUUCUGACAUCAUAAUAUCUCCAACAAUAACGACGAAAGUUUUUGAAUAGGCGUUCAAGGCGUUUCUAGUCUUGCAUAAGCUUGACACUAUUUGAUUUCAAAACAAGAAAAUUUGCAUGUAGUAAAAUAAUGCAACUAAUUGGCCCUGUGUUAAUUAUGCAAAGUAAGAAGAGUACAGAGCUGACCCACAGAUAGAAUUAUUGCCAUAAAGAGUUUCCCUAAUCUUUGUGUGACUUGGAAUAGUCACACCUCUGUAUAAAGACCUCUGCAUUUUUGUACUUAAAGACUUCUGUAUUUAUGUUCCCUCAAUAAAAAAAUAAGGAAAGUGAUGGCUUGUCACUAAUUA